AAUACAAAAUGUGCCAUAAUUCCGUGUUGGAAAACGAACAAAUCGAUAAAUGCAUUGAGAAUGGUAUGCCCCAAAAAGUGAUCAAAGCUGUCAAAUACACAAUGCGACGAAGGGCAAUUGAAGAAGAGGCUGCAAAAAAACAAGUGGAUAUUAUAAAUCGGCAACAACAACCAGUUACACAACAGGAGCCACCAGCAACAGCAUCUGGAUUAUUUCAAAUGAAAUGUCCAUUUGCCCAUGGCCUAUUAAAACCACAAGGUGUAACGAGUGUUAUACAUCCCACCGACCGAACAUUUGCUACUAAAAAUGCCGAUUCAUUCGAAACACUUUUGUUGCACGGCAGCAGCAGGACAAGAACAACUACAGAAUCCUUUUCAUCAUCGUCAUCUUCGUCCACUGAAGAUAUUACAAAUUUAAAUGGUCUUCUAGAACAAAUACCUGCAGCAUCCACAUCAACAGAUGACAGCAACGUCUAUCAAGAUGACAUUUUGGCUAAAAGCACUCUCUUAACAAAAAAGCUAACAUUUCACAUGCAGCACAAGCUGGCCAGAUUGCAGAAAAGCAAACUAUACACAUUUCUGACAAGAACGACCCAACCAGCUCACAUUUUAGCCAUAUGUAUUCCAUCAUUUGUAUUGCUCACAAUAUGGCCCGAUCUUAUAUAUGGAAGUGCGGGUGCGAAACAGACCACAAUUACCCACAGCAGAUCAACGAAUCAGUAUGUAAUGCCUGAAACAACCGAAGAUGACUACAGUCCUUCGUCGGCAACAACAACACACUACAAAUUGGCAUUGAUUGCAUAUUUGGGUGCAUUUUCGAUACAUUUUGGUUCACAAAUAUGGAUGACCUUCGUAUCAGGUCUUUCAUUGUAUUUUUCCCUACCUCGCCAUAUGUUCGGCCAGUGUCAACAAAUACUAUUUCCCAAAUAUUUUGCUAUGAACGGAGCCCUUAGUAUUCUAAUGCUAAUACUAUUUGUGAAAUUCUUCUUCGUGUCAUGGUCCAUGCCACAAUGUAUACAGUUAAUAGCAUUGUCGCUAACCGGAGCCAUUGAACUUAUUGUGAGGCUAUAUCUGGCCCCACCACUACUCCAGUUAAUGCAUGAAAAAUAUAAAAUCGAAGGCACCGUUGGUAGUGGCAAGGAAAUAGGACAAUUGGUCCAGGGUGAUUUGAUCCAGUGUCCACACUACCAGCGUAUACAUAAAGCCUUUCGUCGUAUCCAUAUGACGGUUGCCAUUGGCAAUCUAAUCACAAUGGUAGCAAGUUGUUUACAUUUAUAUUAUAUAGCUGGUAAAAUACAAAUAUCAAUAUAGGCCAA